GCCAUAACGCCCAUUACUGAUUAUAAGCCUUAAGCUUACACGCUUUCGUGUUUCAUGGUCUUACUGGUCAUAGCCAUCAGCCGUCAUAUUAUCAUACAUAGCUUCGAUUUCGAUCAUGACCCAGCCAGUAGAAGUAAUAGUAAUAGUCUGUCGUCAUCCUAUGCUCUGCACUCAGCUGAAGGACGGUUGUUGUUGCCAUCGUUACCCAAACAACGAGACACCAAAAGUGGACAAACCAGUAGAGGAGUAAAGUGCACGAUAAGACACGUGUCGCAUGAACACUGAUGCUCACACUGCGUUCAACAGACUGCUUUAAAUUUUUUUGUUACACACGGAAAUCUAGUUUUAGCACCAUGCUCUCAUAUAGCAAAGGUGGCGUGAGGAUGGUUUACAGUUUUGACGAUGGAACUGAAUCUGGCUGCGAAAGUAACAGCCUCCUGGUCAAUUCGCACUCUUUGAACACUUCACAGCAAGUUCCUAAACAAGUUGAUUCUGCAUCAGUUUCAGCAACACUUGCUGUAACUGGCAAAAAAGACGACCAAAUUACACAGCAAGUUCCUAAACAAGCUGAUUCUGCAUCAGUUUCCACAACACUUCCUGUAACUGGCAAAAUAGACGACCAAAUUACACAGCAAUUUCCUAAAGAAGCUGAUUCUGCUUCAGUUUCCUCAACACUUCCUGCUGUAUCAAAAUCUACUCGAGCAACUGAUGAUUACCGAAUUAAGGCUUCUGAUUUACCAGAUAAUUAUUUCGAUGACCUUCUGGAUAUCAUGAAUAUGCAACCUCAAAUACAACAGGAAGAUAUCUCACCUGAAGAUGCGGCCCAAUCAUCAGCUUUGCCUGAAGAGACUCCUGCUGUGGUAAAAAUCAUAGAUUUACCAAUAAAGAAAGAGAACUUGUCUGACUGCAUGGAAAAUUCUGAUGUAGUCUGUCCUGAGGCAAAUACCAAAAAUGCAAGUGAGAACCAAAUUCUACUUGGUGAUGAAUACCACGCUGCGUCCAUCAAGACCGUGACGUUCAAAAAGAUAAAGAUAAAUAUGAAAGAGAACCAAAGGCCUUCACUUAGUUGUGAAAACAAUCCACCUGUAGUAACGCAAAAUACCAUCUUGGAUGAGGACAAAUUGGUAAAGUUUGUUGAAGAUCUACUUAGCCCAGCUUCUGCUGCAUGUAGCAGUCGGUCUCCUCCGUCAACACCGUCUCCAACUAGCCAGAGCAAAAUAACCACUCAAACAGCAAACAAAUAUGGAAAUAUCAGCAAAUCAAACUUGCCUUCAAAGGAGGAAAAUCAGUCAAAUUCUGAAAGGGCUGCAAAAGUCAUUAGUUCGAAUCGUCAAUCGAUUGCCAAAGGGAUAAAUACUCAAAUUCCAACCCAUCAAAACAGAUUAUUACCCUCUCAACCAUUUCCUUACGCCGCACAACGUCCGCUGCUUCCUUUUGCACCUGUACAACCACGACCUCUAUCACCUCCCCAUUUGUAUGGACAACCUUUACCAAUCGUCCAUCACAACACUAUGCAUCGUUGGCCACAUCCACCUCGUCCUUUGCCACCAAUCAUGAUGCCAUACUUUGACCCUAAUUUGCCAAAUCCAUGCCACAGACCGCAAAAUAUUCCCACAACCACUUCAACAGUAAUAAGAGAAGAAAAAGAGAUAAGGACCAUGGAUGCUAGAAAUUUAGUAGAUGUCAUGAAAGUGUCAAAGGCGCAGGGAACCAAAACUGCUACAAAAGUCGUAAGUAGUGAACCGCCUGUCAAAACUUCCAAAACCGAGGUGGAAACAGUAAAACGCGAUGAAACAAACACAAAUGGCAGACUGUGUUUCAAGUGUAGUCAUCCUUUAGCGAGCAAAGAGAACGGUCCCGAGAAAAAAAUGAGCGAGAUGGAAACUCAGACAUACUGUGAAGAUGAGCUCACCAGUUCCAAUGCACCAGUCGUUAAAACCUUUCAGACGAUUGCCACUCAAACUGAGAAAUGCAUUAGAAAAGAUGUGGAUGAUCCUCCAGUUUCUAGUGUAGAAGUCCAGACUGAGGUUAGCUCAUCCCUCUUUGCUCACAAAGGAAAGAAUGUGCCUGAUGUGGACCCCAAAUCUUAUACAAUUAACAAAUCAAAGCAGGUCGACAGGCGUGUUAAAAACAAAGAAUAUGAAACUUUUUCCUUUUUGACUGAAGCAGCAAUGUUGCAGAAUGAAAAGAAUAUGAGGGGAAAUGAUGAUUUAGAUGAAGAUGCUUCAUCCAAAGUCAAGAAAACUCAAAUGAGUGAAAAAUUGGUCACAACCAACGUCAAAAUGGAGAAAAGUGAUCCUGUUGAGUCAAGUGGAGCUGAUAAGACUGAAAUUGGCGCUACCUUAAGAAUGAAAAAGAAAAAUUCUAAUUUGAAACGAAGUGCUUCCUUAGAUGCAUCUGAAGCUGUUCCACCUCAAGCAAAGAGAGCUAAUAAAACGGAUAGAACCGGAACAACAAUAGCCAACAGCGAAACUGAAACUUCUAAAUCAAAGAAAACGCUCAAAUUUCCAUCACACAAUCCAAAUAUGGGAUCAAUUCGAGGAAAAAGUACUAGAGGAAAAAAUCAAAUUCGUGGGUAUGCAAAUGAAAGAAGUCGCGGCUUUCAUCCCAUGAGAGGUCAUUACGUCUCACGGUGCUCCGAUUACUAUAAGUAUGGUAAUGCCAACUUCCGUCCACGCUCAAAAUCUAAAAGAUACGCAUGGGAGAUGCAAAACCUUGAUAUUAAACUGCAUGAUUAACUGAUCAAGUCGCUGUUUUUAAUUUUGGGGACGGCUGUUGCGUCAGGUGCUUUUGAUACAAAAGUUUUUUUUACUUUUUAUUCUAAAUGAGUGUAAAGACAAAUCAUGUACAAAAAUGUCGAAAUUUCGCUUAAAAAUUAAUUUUUAACAAUUUUGGAUGUUUUGUUUUUAAAUAUUUUGAGCUCUGAAGGACUGCGUCACACUAUUUAUUGCUCAGUGGUGUUCGUAAUAUAAUGCUCAACAUGUACAAAUCAUAUGGUGAAAAUGUUGCUGAGAUAAAAAGGUGGUUAGACACAAUAGCUUAUUGGAGGUUUGGAUGUCAAAAUUUAUCACUCAGUUAAUGUUCCUUAAACGAAACGCCAGUUACCAUAAUGAUUGAUAUGUAUGGUAUAUAUUAUAAUUUAGAUAAUUUAUUUAAUGAUCAUAUUAUUAAGGACGCCUGAGUGGUGUUUUAUAUGUACUUGUAUUUUAUUGAAUUAUUAGUUAAUACAUAUUAAAUUUGCACAAAACAUUUGUGCGAUUCUCAUCAAAGUAGAGCAUGUUUAGCAAAGAGACAUGUGCGCCUGCACCGGUCCAUUACUUCGCCAACAUUAUUUCAACGCACGAUUUUUUUAAUAUUCAUGUGGCAUCUCAUUAAACUAGAACACAAGAUAUUAUUUUUUGGUACCUUGUCUUCUGGAAAACCUUUUAUUGAACGUAUUUGUAUUCGUGUGUCCUAUUGAUAUGCAAAUAAUAUCAAAGAUCUUGGAUUUGUCAGAUUUUUUAGGAGAUUAUUUAUGAAUUUGGCGUACAGAAGUAAAAUUAAAUUGGAUACAUGGGUUAAUUUUGUAAAAAAAAAUGUAUAAUAGGAAUAUGAUAUUCUGGUAUUAAAAUAAAAAUAAAAUAAAUGAUUUAUG